CUGCGAUUGCUCCAUCAACGUCCUCCAGCCUCCCCUCGUCGCCAUGACUGACAUCCCCAACGUCUUUCCCCCAUCUAAGCUGGGGGAGUACACCGUCACCAAAGACAUCGCAGAGGGCACCUUUGGAAAGGUCAAAAUGGCAACGCACACGAUCACAGGGCACAAGGUAGCGAUGAAGUACAUCUCAAAGGCCGUCAUACAACGAGAAAAGACCAAGACCCGUGUACGCCGUGAGUUUGAGUACAUGCGCACGCUUCGACACCCGCACAUCAUCAAACUAUACGAAGUCAUAUCAACACCUACAGACAUCAUCUUCGUCCUCGAAUACGCAGGCGGCGAACUAUUCAACUACAUCGUCGCCCACGGUCGCAUGCCAGAACCGCGUGCACGCCGGUUCUUCCAGCAGAUCAUCUCAGGCAUUGAAUACUCUCACAGACUCAAGAUCGUACACAGAGAUCUAAAGCCUGAAAAUGUCCUACUAGAUGACGAUCUCAACGUCAAAAUCGCUGACUUUGGGCUGUCGAAUGAGAUCAGCGACGGAGACUUUCUUACCACCUCUUGUGGAAGCCCGAAUUACGCCGCGCCAGAGGUGAUUCGUGGUGGGAUCUAUGCGGGCCCGGAAAUUGACGUGUGGAGCUCCGGCGUUAUUCUUUAUGUGAUGUUAUGUGGGCGCCUACCGUUCGAGGACGACGAUGUGCAGAUCCUCUUCUCAAAAAUCAGCCAGGGCAACUUCCACAUUCCAUCGUUCCUCUCACCUGAUGCAAGGAACUUGAUCGUACAAAUGUUGGCUGUGGAUCCAGUCAAGCGGAUCACAAUCCCUGACAUCGUUGCUCAUCCCUUCUUCACCACCGACCUGCCGCGAUACCUGAUGCCGCUUCCGCCGCCCCCAGGCCCGGUACUUGGCAGUCUGAGCUCACUCGUCGCACCGCCCAGGGUCUUGGACUUUGAGAUCAUCGAAGGACUAGGGAAGAUCGAGGAAGACGUCGUGGAGGAGCUGGCGAAUCGGAUGGAAGGUGUCACGAAGGAUGACGUUUGGGAGUGCUUGCGAAGGGACGACGGCGUUCAAGGCAACGCGGUAAAAGUCGCGUACAUGCUCCUAAGAGACAAGCGUCGUCUUGGGAAAGAUUCUGUCGCCCCUCUAACCCCUUCACAGCCAAGGAACGUCGUUUCCCCCUCCGUCCUAUCUCCAGGAGGAGACGUUGAAGCAAACCCAUUCGAACUGGAGUUCAACGCCGAAUACGACGAAGACGAAGGCGAGGACGACGAGCUUGACUUCACCUCCCCGGCCCUCCCAGAAAACGAAGUAAACACCUUCGCAGUCCUCAAUUCCUCCCUCCCGGAGCAGCUCCCAGAGCAACACCACCUCGCCUCCUACCUCACCUCCAAAAAGGCAGGCAGCAGCAAAGAGAAAAAGCAGCACAAAACGAAAUGGCAUUUUGGGAUUCGGAGCAGGAGCCCCCCUAUGGAAGUCAUGCUGGAGAUCUACCGGACACUCAAGACGCUAGGCAUGGAAUGGAAGGAGAAGAAGAAUCUAGGCGGAUUGGGUGGUGUGAGGGCACGAAGAGGCGUGGGUGGUGGGAUCGAGCGCGCAAAAGAGCUGGAUGGGGACGGGUCGGUGGAUUUGAAAGCAGCAGCUGGGAUAUACUUUGUCGAAACUCGGGCAAGGGUACAAGACGUCGUCGUGUUGAUGAACCUCCAGCUCUACAUGGUCGACUCGAUCAACUACCUCGUGGAUUUUCAUCAUCGGAAAUCGUAUCGCGCCAGUACGGAUCCUGCGGCGGGCAAGUUUGAUAUGGCGGUUCCUGACCCGAAUUUCGCGGAGACGAUGAGUGAGAGUUCGAGUGGACGGUCGGUCAAGGAGAAGGAUGGGACGGUGGUCGUUAAGGAGGAUGAGGUGGUGUCGCCGUUUGUGUUCAUGGAUGUUGCGUGUCGGUUGAUCUUGGAGUUGGCGGGUGGGGGGGAGUAG